AGAAGAAAAUUUACUUCGUAUAGAAAAUAAUGAAAAUAAAUUUCCCUUCUUAGGUUAUCGAGGUGUAAAAUAGUCUUAUUACAUUAUAUAAAUUUGUUGAAUUGAACGAAUAACGUUGAAACAUAACCUCUGUAAAUGGGAAUGAAUGCUAAUACGAAAUAAAAUCAUUCAGAUUUUCGGGAUCGGUCAUAAUCUUUUUAUAUUCGUCGCAAACCUAAGUGUUUUCAUUUUUCUAAAAAUAUAAAAUAUCAAAAUGUCGUCGAUAUAUGCAAAAAUGAGAAAACACCGACUUGUUACAUAUAUAAAAUACAAUGAAUCCGUCAAGGACUGUCGUUUAAUAUUCAAAAGAUCGUUUGCAAUACAUUCCGUGUUGCCGCACGACACGCUUAACAUACGUAAUUUAUAAUUUACUAGUUUGUUACAAUUUCUUGGGAAACAACAUAACAUAUUACUAACACGGCAUAUUUAAUUAAGUAAAAAUAAAUUAAUAAUUUUACCAAAGAUAUUUCCUUAUUCUUUCCUUAUUUUUAAAAUUAAUCUAUAAAUGAAUAUGAAUAUCCUACGAAAGUCGAAUCACCGAGUGUUAUUACUUAAAUUUGAUUGGUUCUUAUUCUAAUGCCUAGCCAAUCAACAUUAUUACUACAUUUCCUGUAUACCAAUAGGAUCAAAUAAAGUCAUGUACCUUAUAGUAAAAGAAGCCGCGAAAAUGUUUCUAUAUGAAUAGUAACCUAAUUAACAAUGUAGAUACAUUUAAUAUUUUAAGAUAAUUAACUCUCCGGUGUUUACAUUUAUUUCUGUACAUUACGAAAAAUGGAUAAUGAAUUUCCAGAUUCAGAUGAAGAAUAUGAUUUAAUACGUAAAGAUGACUUCGAAGUUUUACAAGAAAUCCAAGCUCAAUUAAAUAACAAGAAAAAUCUUAAAAAUAAUGAGGAACAAACGUUACAACAAACCGAAAAACAGAAACUGUUUGAAAAUGAUUUCAAUUCGCCAAGCACUUCUCUCCAGGCAAACAAAUCUUAUAAUCAUUCCAUAGCUAAUUCCAGAAAAAGGAAUUAUGAUGAGCUAUUUGGUGAUAUAUCAGAUUUAUUGGAAAAAGAUACUUUCUCCGAGUACUUGGAGCCAAAAGAAAAAAGACCUUGUUGGUAUGAAACAGAUGCUAUUAUUAAAACAGUUGUUAACACAAGAAAAAAAUUGCAAGAAGAAGACGGUCAUGUGUCUUAUAAAGCUAAAUGUUAUCAGGACAAGGAAAAUGGUAACAUUUCUUUACGCGUACCACCUUGGAAUUUUAUAGCAUUAACUAGAUCCUUUGAUUCUCAACGUUUAUAUAUUAGAAUCAAGAAUGAAGAAAAUAUAACUGUAGAAUCAAUGAAACCUGUUCGUAAUCUAUUAUCAAUACCAUAUGAUCAACUUAAAGCAGAAGCAGAAGAAAUUAUUGUCAAUAAUGCAAAACGUGCAAGUUUAGCAGCCACUACGUCUUCCGAUUGCAAUAAAACAUCUGGCACUGAAUUAUGGGUUGAUAAAUAUAAACCUAAAAAAUACAUAGAACUUCUUUCGGAUGAAAAUGUUAAUAGACAGUUUUUGUAUUGGUUAAAGUUAUGGGAUAAAAUAGUAUUUAAUAAAGAAAUAUCUUUUCGAAAAAAGAAGAUUAAUGUAUCUACAACAAUGUCAGAAAAAUUUGAAGAUAGUAAUAAAAAUGAUAUGGAUAGUAAAGGUUAUCCUAUUCAUAAGAUAGUAUUACUUACAGGACCUCCUGGAUUAGGAAAAACAACUUUAGCGCAUUUAGCAGCAAAACAUGCAGGUUAUAAUAUUAUUGAAGUUAAUGCAAGCGAUGAAAGAGGACCUGAUGCUUUUAGACAAAUACUUCGUGCUUCAACGCAAAUGAAAGCAGUAAUAGGUAAAGAUCCACGUCCAAAUUGUUUAAUUCUUGAUGAAAUAGAUGGUGCACCAAUAGCUUCGAUCGAAGAACUUUUAAAAUUUGUACAAGGGAAAUCUUCUUUCAGAGAUAAAAGAAAUAAACUGAAAACUGAGAAAGAAGGAGAAAGUUGUCAACGGCCUAUAAUUUGUAUUUGCAACGAACUAUAUACUCCAUCUUUAAGACCACUCAGAAAUUUUGCUCUUGUAAUAGCCGUACCACCAGUAAGUACUACAAGAUUAGUACAGCGACUAAUGGAAAUUGCACAAAAAGAAAAAUUAAAAAUACACCAAAAUGAUCUUCUAAAAUUAGUAGAAAAUUGUGACUGUGAUAUUAGAUCUUGUCUUGGUACAUUACAAUAUAUGGGAAAUCUUGAUAUAAAGCAUAAUGUGUCUUUAGGAUUAAAAAAUACUCGCAAGGGAUUAUUCGAUACAUGGAAAGAAAUUCUUAAAAUUCCUAUCAGUAAAACGGGUAUUCUAUCUAUCCGCGACAGAGUGCAUAAUAUAUUAAAAAUAAUACAGAAUGGAGAUAAUGAAAAGUUAGUUAAUGGCAUAUUUCAUAAUUAUCCUACAAAUUGUACUGAGAAAAUUCUAAAUAUAUCUGAAGCAGCUGAGUGGUUUCAAUUUUAUGAUGAAAUUUCAACCUUUGUAUUACAUAAUCAAUCUUGGUCAAUUAUGCCAUAUAUAAAUUAUGCAUUUCUUACAUGGCAUUUGAAUUUAUCUACUAUGCAAGUUCCGAAAUUAUUUUACCCUGUUAUUGUAUUUGAAACAAAUCAAAAAAUCGCAAAAAGCACAAGUAUCUUGACAACAGUGAAACGUAAUCGUGGAAUUGAUAAUAUAACAUUGAUUAUGGAUAUUACUCCUGUUCUACCUGAUCUCUUAAAUCCACAAAUUCGUACUGUUUCUGGUCAUUUAUAUUCUUCUGCAGAAAAAGCUCAUCUCUCACGUGUUGUUAACAUUAUGAUAGAUUUUGGACUUACUCUAGUACAAGAGAAAAAUACUGAGGGAAGAUAUGAAUACCAAUUGAAUCCCAAUAUUGAUGAAAUUGGAUGCUUUCAAGAUUGUAAACACCGUAUAAAAAUUUCUUAUGCGGUAUUACAAAUUAUUUCUCAAGAGUUACAAAUUGAAUAUGUUAAAAGAUCUGCAAAAGUCACAGGAAUUAUACAAAAUGAUACACAGGAAGAAGUACAGAACAAAAUCAAAGAAACUGCCUCCAUAAGUGCAAAUCUAGUACAAUCAAACAAAUCUAUGAUAGCAAAUACUGAUGCAUCUAUUAUAUCAAAUUGUUCAAAACAGGUUGAUAAAACUUCGAUGCAAAUCUCAAAAUAUAAAAAUUACUUUGGUGAAAUAGUACCUGAUAAUAGCAAUAUCAAAACAAAUGUAAAAUUAUCUCCAAAAUCAGACGAAAUAAGACAAAUCCGAGACAUUGUGAAGAAAUACGGCGUCUGGUAUAAAUAUAAAGAAGGUUUAACUACAGCAGUACGACGGCAAGUUUUAAUGAAAGAUCUAUUGUAACUCUUGUCAUUAAUACUUAAUAUAUACUUUAUAUAUAUAUGCACAUAAUAUGAUAAACAUUACUUUAAGAUAAUUGUAACUAACAUAAAAUAUAUUUUUUAUAACUUUUAUGUAUUUUUAUAUUUAAACAUAGUUUUGAACAUAGCGUUUGCAUAUCAUCCGCAAUACUAUCACUAGAUCUAUUUGUCUAAUCGAAAAGUUUCAUGUUUUCCCAUACAAAA